UCUGAAAAGUAAUUAUUCACGAAUUCCACAGACAUUCAGCACUUUUAUUAUUGUAUAAUUAUUUGUAGCAUUUUCUCUGCAAUGCAGUUUGCUAAAAAGCAUCCUAUGAAACGAACACAGUCUCCGCCCCUGAAAGACAAACUUCGUAACGGGUGAUUGUUAUUCAAAUGAGCCUCAAUAGGCGGAAUCAAGUCGGUGAGCUAUAACGGAGCAUACAGACAGAACACAGCGCGCGGAGCAGGCCAUUCAACACCCGCUCGUGGGAACCACUAUAGAGUAUUGGAGCAGCAUAUGCAGCAUGGGAUACUGAAGUUCCCAGCUGUAUAAGAAACGUGUUUUAUGCUUAUUGAGCGUCUACUACGGAACGCAUAAACUGGGGGAAUUGUAAAUAAGCUACCUUGGAGCUUGGUCUUCGAAUAAAACUUCCCAUUAGUGAAUAUUCCCUCAGGUUAUUUCGGAGAGUGGACGAAGAUCUGGCUCAUUAUCUUCUAUCAGAUACAGAAGCGAAGGGCUGCAGUCAUCUACCUGUUGAAAUCAUGAGUCAGGCGGACAUGGCUUGCUCUGCGCGUCAAAGAGUGUUUCAGGAAGCGCUCAGGAAAGGGAAUACUAAGGAACUCCAUUCUCUCUUGCAAAACAUGACAAACUGUGAAUUUAACGUGAACUCUUUCGGACCCGAAGGACAGACGGCGCUUCAUCAGUCCGUGAUCGAUGGCAACCUAGAGUUAGUGAAGCUUCUAGUGAAGUUCGGUGCAGACAUCCGUCUGGCAAACAGAGAUGGAUGGAGCGCCCUGCACAUAGCAGCUUUUGGUGGACAUCAAGACAUCGUUCUUUACCUCAUCACACGGGCGAAGUACUCAUCAAGCGCGCUCUGAGGCAAUCAAAGAAGAUCUGACGCUGUACAUUUAAGCCUAUAUGACCCUUAUGUGCCAAAGACAGUUUGUUUGUGAUGUAUUUAGGAGAUUGAUUUAAUAUCGGUAGGCACAGAAUUCAAAUCCAAAAGGUUAUUUUUGAUAAGUUGGGUUGGUACAAUGUCAUGGGUGUGGUUUGCCAACUUUGGAUGCAUGAUGAAAAUAAUCGCUGUGUUAUUUAUAGAUUUUUUUUUUCAUGACAAAUUGAACAGUCGUAGGCUAUCAACGUAAGAAAGACGACUUUAGUUGGUCCAA